AUGGCUUGUAGCCUUGCCGGGCACGUUGCGUCCGGGAGCACGGCGCGCAGCACGCGCUACGGCGACAAUGCCGGGCCGAGGCAGGACCAGACGGCGUCCAUCCUGUCACCGUCCGCCGAGAACGACCUCCGACGCACGCCCAUCAACCUGAACCCCUACCUGCGGCGGUCGCUGCUGCGCGCGCUGUACCACCUGGAGGCCGAGUACCAGCAGCAGCAGGCCCUGGAGGCCGGCCGCGCGCUGUCCAACGGGGUGCCCGUCAUCGGCGAGUACCACCGCACCGCGCCCGCCGUGCUCAAGGACCCCGCCCUGCGGCGCGCCCUGCUGCGCGUCCUCAUCCACCUGGAGGCCGAGGACCUGGACAAGCGCGCCCAGGAGGAGGCCGCCUCCGAGCUCAACGCCAAGGAGAAGCAGGCGCUGCGGGACGCCCGCGAGCAGAACAACUUCCUGCGCAACUACAUGGACGAGAACUUCCCCACCGACAGCCCGCCCCAGCGCGACAUCCCCGCCAACAUGGCCGAGUACAUCAAGUACGCCAACGAGAUCAGCGGCAGCCACCCGGGCUCCGUCCCCGCCGCCGGCACGCAGGUGAACGCGUACGCCGAGCAGCCCGCGCCGACGCAGGACCAGCAGUACAACGGGCACCAGCUGCCGUACAACCAGCAGCAGCAGAACUACAACCAGCAACAACAAAACUACAAUCAGCAGCAGACCGACGCCGGGCAGCAGUACAACCAGGCCGCGGAGGCCGGGCUGGAGCUGCAGACCGCCCUGCCCUCGCAGAACUACGACGACACGCGCCUCGCGCUCAACUUCCAGACGGACUACACAACGCAGGACCCCUACAGCAACCACAACUACAACGCCACCACGGAGCAGCCCGUGCCCACCACCACGGACUACUACCAGACGAGCCCCGACCCCGUCCAGGACGACGGCCGCGACAACAGCAUCGGCAAGGAGGGCGUCAAGGAGCAGGAGCAGCGCAGCGUGAACGCCGCCAACACCAUCCCCACGGCGGAGACGCCCACGGACACCACGGCCCUGCCCACACAGGACACCACCGUGGAGGCCGCCAUCACCACCAUCACCACGGCCAAGCCGGCCUCCACCACUGAGGAUAUCAAGAUCUUCCAGGCGCCGCUGCUGGCGGCGUUCACGCUGCACCAGGACGCCCACGGCACGCCGCAGCGCAUCGUGCCGCUGUACCGCAAGCAGCAGUCCGCCACGGCCUCGGCCACGGCCUCCCCCACGGUCGCCACCAAGCUGGACGAGGAGCAGGAGCUGAAGCAGCAGCAGCUGCUGCUCGAGGAGCAGCUUCGCCGGCUGCAAGAGCUGCAGGCCAAGCAGCAGCAGCUGCUCAAGCUGCAGCAGUUCCUCACGCAGGAGCAGGAGCGCCAGCGCCAGCUCAAGAAGGCCCACCUCGCCAAGGCCGCCGCCACCGCCGCGCCGCAGGACCAACAGCAGCAACAGCAUGACCUGCAGCACCACCAUCAGCAGCAGGCGAGGGUGACGGCCGCGUCCGUGGCGGACUCCACCUACAUCACGCAGCCCCCCACCACCGUGCCCGCGCCCACCGCCCAGCCCACCCUGGUGGCGCAGAGCUCGACCCCCGAGGCCGCCGUGCAGAUCCACCACUCGCAGGGCGACACGGAGCGCCAGAAGCAGAUCGAGGAGUACGACAAGCAGCGCACGCUGGAGCUGGAGCGCGCGCGGAAGCAGUCCAUCCUGGAGGCGCUGGAGCGCGAGCGGCAGCAGAAGAUCAUCGAGGCGGAGAACGCGCGGCAGCGCCAGCUGCAGCAGUUCUACGAGGAGCAGCACCGCCUGCGCCUGCAGGAGCAGGAGCGCCAGCGGCUGGCCUCCCUGGACCUCACCUUCCAGCGCAGCGUCGAGUUCAACGCCGCC